AUGGCUCUUCUGUGUUGGUUUCCAGAUCAUGGCGUCACAAAGGUCAGCCCUGAUGCGAUGCUGGAGGGCACAGGGGUCAACGCCCUCGACUCUUCGAAGAGCCGAACUGUGACGAGAAAGGUGUCUUCCAACCUCCAACCUCAGGAAACGUUGAGAACAUUCGAAACGAAAAGACACGGAAUGCUUCCCUUUGAGGACACGGAAGUUGUCUGUACCGUCAAGAAGCAUGAAGCCAACGAUCGCAGCCUCUGA